CUUGCCUGGCUCCCCGCUCAGUGUGCGCACCUCGCUCGGGGGUGGUGCUGUGUUCCUGAGGCUUCCAGGGAAGACAGUGGGCGAAGUUCUGUACCGUGCUAAGAUUGAGUCUGAGGAACUGACUGAGCAAAGAAGACAGCUCAAGAUAUUCCCUUAUCAGUUUUCAUGUAUGGACUGAGUAAUGAUCAUAACUGUAUGAUGCUAGAUACCAUUGAAGAGCGGCCACCAACAAAAUGGAAAUGAAAGAAACUGCUAAACAGAAUACACUGUGGCAAAUGAGCUCAACUAGCGAACCCAUGUUAAAUACUCGUGAAGUCAAUCCUUUGAAGAAAUUCACCAUUCCUAAGAUCAGGAGGACAGCUGAGAAAGUUUACUUGUCACCUUGUUACACCAAUAGUAGAGAGUAUAGUUUUAUACAUGAUACUCUUAACCAGUGCAGGCUUGAUGUAAGCUGUGAUCUGCAGUCAUUAUGGCAGUUUGGGGAUACAAAACUGGUUCACAAUGAGGAGCUGGAAAAAAAUUUUACUACUAAGAGGUCAGAGAUGCGUGAAAGUGGAAGACAUUGCAGAGAACUUGAAGAACAUUUCUGCUUUUUAGCACUUCCGCAGAGUGAUGUAGCCCAGAUAUAUCAGAAUGGAAUAAGUACCAGAGCAUCUACAUUGAAGAUACUAGGAAAUCCUCUUCUUGGAAUUUAUAUGUUUAGACAUGUUGAUAUUGCCUUGAAUUAUUCUCAUAGUCGAAGCAUUACUGUAGAAAGUAUUUUAAUUUUUAAGGUUCUCUUUGGAAAAGUGAAGAAAAUUCAGCCUUCUGUGGAUAAAAAUAAAGUUUCUUUGGAUCCUUCUCCUAACUUUGAUUGCCAUAUGUCAAGAAAUGCACCUUCUUUGAAAGAUACCAUUGAACUGCAAGCCUACAGUUCAGCAGUGUACUUCUAUGAAUAUAGUGUCCUUUCAAAACCUGUAGAUAAACCUAGGCAAUGUCUUCCAUAUGCUGUAGUAACAGUAAAAUUUCUUGGUUCAAAAGUAGAUAAUGGAUAUCUUAUGACAUCUUUGAGAUUCCUCUCAACAGGAUUUCCUAAGAGAGCUGAAAGAACAUGCUCUCUGAAUAACUGUACAGUGGCCAAAAGAAUUGGAAAAGGAAAAGAUGCUACUGUCAUCUUUGAGCAUUUCAAGAAACCUGUAGAUCCAUUUAUUCAAGAAAACUGUUUAUGCAAUAUACUAAAUUCAGAGAUAAAUCCUUCCAACUCACAUAUUUCUAACUCCUAUGGAAAUGUACAAAAUGGAAACAUUUCUAUACCUGAAACAUACAAUGGACAGGCAGAGCACAAUUUAGCAGAAAUUAGAGACACUUCUCAAGUACUUGCACAUGAUUCAGACCUUCCACUUAUGCCCAGUGAUGCCAAAGAAAGUGUUAAUGGUGACCUUUUGUUAAAUUGGACAAGUCUUAAAAAUAUUUUAAGUAGUCUUAAUGCUGCUUUUCCUCUUCCCAACAAUACUGGCUCAAGCACAGUUACUACUUCAAAAUUCAUCAAAGACCCAAGACUGAUGAGGAGAGAAGAAAGUAUGGGAGAACAGAGUAAUACUGCAGGCUUAAAUGAGAUUUUGCAGUUUGAGAAGAGUUUAGAUAAUGUUAAUUCAGAAAUAAAAUCAACACCAUCUAAUUCUGCCUCCUCCUUAGAAGUUGUCCCUGGUGAUUGUGCUGUUCUUACUAAUUGUUUGGAUGCCCCUUGCUUUAAAACUUGUGUUAAUGAUUCACAAUCUUGGGCUCACAACACAGGCUCUGAGGACUAUGACUGCGUACCUCCCAAUAAAGUUACCAUGGCCGGGCAAUGUAAGGACCAAGGCAAUUUUUCCUUCCCAAUUUCUGUGUCAAAUGUAGUAUCAGAGGUUGAGAACCAAAACCACAGUGAGGAGAAGGUUCAGAGAGCCCAACAGGAGUUGGGUAAUGCUUAUAAAAAAGAGUAUAAUAGUCAUAUUUCUCAGGAAUCGCAGUCUUCUGAUUUAAAAACCAUUUAUCAGACUGGUCACCAAAUGUCUACAAUUUUUCCACUCAAAAAGAAAGUAAGCAUUGAUGAAUACCUUCAAAAUACUGGAAAGAUGAAAAACUUCACUGACCUGAAGGACAAUUCCAAACAUGAAGAAAAGCAAACUUCGUGGAAAGAAAUUGAUAAUGAUUUCACUAAUGAAACAAAAAUCAGUCCAAUGGAUAAUUACAUUGUUUUGCACCAAGAAUACAAAGAGAGUGAGAGUCAUAAUUCUUUCGAGAAAAGCUGUGGUAAAAUAUUAAUUACUCAAGAGUUAGAAAUACCAAAAUCUUCUACAUCUACCAUAAAGGAUAAGGAUGAACUAGAUCAUCUAGCAUUGGAAUGGCAAAUUACUCCAAGUUUAGAGAGCCUGUCACAAAAGCAUCCUCAGCACUCUGUGGAGUAUGAGGAUAACAUUCACACAAGUUUAGCCAUUUCUCAAAAGCUAAUGGAACUGAAAUUGGGGAAAAUAAAUGCAAAUUGUGCUAGCAUUAUAACUAAAGCUUUCCCGAAACCAAAAGACAUACCCGAGGCCAAAGAAAUGCUCAUUGAUACAGUUAUUUCCUCUUAUAACAUAGAAACAGCUCAUGACAAUUCAAAUUGCAGCAUAACUAGAAAACAUAUAUGUGUCCACAGGAAAAAUGAAAAUGAACCAGUGUCAUUAGAGGACAUUCAGAGAGACUAUAAAGAAACUGCUUAUGUUGAAGAUAGGGGUCAGGAUCACAGUCUGUUCUGUAACUCACAGUUAAACGAUAUAUGCCUGAAUGUUAAUUUCAAAGAACAAAGAGAUAAUUAUAAAGAAAGCCAAAAUGAGGCUAAAGAGAAUAAUGCUUCAUCUGUAGAAAACAACAUAGAGAAUAUAUAUGGAGACAAAAAGCAGGAUUCUCAUACAAAUGAAAAUUUCAGCUAUAUAGAUGAAAAGGAGGAGAAAAAUUACAACAAUAUAGAAAUUUUGAGUUCUGAAGAAUUUUCUGCUACAUUUAACUUGAUUUGCAGAGAAAAAUAUGUGUCAGCAGCAACUGCAUUAUUAGAGAGUGAAGAAGAUACCAUUAGUGCCAUGAAACAAAAAGAUACUGAAAAUACUGGAAGAAGUGUAGAGCAUUUGGCUUCCACAGCGUUUCCCGAAAUUGCAAGUUCUUCAGUGUGUGUAGCCUCAAAUGCUGCAGUACAGAUAGCUAGUGCUACUAUGCCUGUAUUAAGCAUAAGUAAUGACGAACACCAAAUAUACCAGUUUAAAGAAACUUGUUCUUCUGAAAGUCCAGAUUUUGGUUUGUUAGUAAAACAUAGGGUUUCCGAUUGUGAAAUUGAUAAGGAUAAAAAUAAAUCACAAGAAUCUUUUCAUCAAUCAAUAAAUGAGAACUUAGUUCUUCAAAGCAUUGAAUUGGAAAGUGAAAUUGAAAUAGAAUUAGAAGAUUGUGAUGAUGCUUUUAUAUUUCAACAAGAUACACACAGCCAUGAAAACAUGCUUUGUGAGGAAUUUGUGACCUCAUACAAGGCUCUGAAGUCCCGUAUCAGUUGGGAAGGUAUAUUAGCACUCGAUAAUGGGGAGAUGGAAGUUUUGGAAAGCACCGCAGGAAGGGAAAAUAGUGAUCAGCAUUAUUCUAAGGAAAGUAACUAUUUUUAUUCCUCUACACAAAGCAGUGAAACAGAGCUUCCCAGCCCAAUUUUACUUCCAGAUCUACAAAUUAGAAUUACUAAUAUAUUUAGGCCAGGAUUCAGCCCGACAGUUGACUCCCUUGCAUUGAAAGAUAAUUUCUGCACACAUGUAACUGAAGCCACAAAACCAGAAAUAAAUAAGGAAGAUGGAGAAAUUCUAGGAUUUGACAUUUAUUCCCAGCCUUCUGGUGAAAAUUCGGAUUAUCCAUGUGAAGAUAAAGUUGAUAAUAUAAGGCAAGAAUCAGGACCAAUGAGUAAAUCUGAAAUCUCCCUUUCUUUUGACUUGAGUCAUAAUACAGAUGUGAAUCAUAGGUCUAAAAAUCAAAACAGUGAAUCUUUGUCUAGUGAACCUUCUAAUGUCACAACAGUAGAUAAUGGAAGCACAUGUUUCUUUACAAAAUCAAAAACUGACUAUAAUGAUACCAAAAAUAAAAAGGAGGUAGAAUCAAGAAUUAGCAAAAGGAAGCUACAUACGUCUUCCAGGGAUCAGAACAUACAUAAAGAUUUAAGACAACAUAAAAUUUAUGGGAGAAAGAGGAGGCUAACCAGUCAAGACUCAUCUGAGUGUUUUUCUUCAUUAUCCCAAGGACGAAUUAAAACAUUUUCACAGUCAGAAAAGCACAUUAAGAGUGUCCUAAAUAUCCUAAGUGGUGAAGCAUCUUUAUGCAAAAGCAAAUGUCUUUCCAAAAAACUAGACAAAGCAGUUACUCAUUUAAAAAAAGCUCAUAGAAGAGUUCACACAUCUUUGCAGCUUAUAACUAAAGUAGGAGAAAAAAGAAAGGGCCCAUUACCAAAAUCAUAUGCAAUAAUAUGCAAUAAUUUCUGGGAAAGUUGUGACCUUCAAGAUUAUAGUUCUGUAUCUCGAAGAAAAUAUUAUUCUACUAAGCAUUUUUUGUCAAAAAGAAAAUAUGACAAACGGAGAAAGAAAAGAGCUCCAAAAGCUGAUAUUUCUAAAUCGUUAACCUAUGUGUCAAAGCACAAGUCUUACAAUACAAGUGGAGAGAAACAAUGCCUUUCUAGGAAAAGUAUGGCUAGCGGUGUCUCAAAAAGUCACCCCACUAUUCACGUGGGAGAAUUUCAUAAUCAGGAACAUCCUGAAUCACAGUUGCCUAUAUCUUCCACAUCCCAAAGUACAAGUCAGUCAGUUUAUUAUAAUAGCAGUGUAAGCAAUCCAAGUUUAUCAGAAGAACAUCAGCCCUUUUCUGGAAAAACUGGAUGUCUGUUUUCCCCAGAUCACUCAGAUGAGAAACUAAUUGAAAAAGAAAAUCAAAUUGAUACAAAGUUUUUAUCUAGCACUAGUAAACAUGAAAAGCUUGAAAAACAUUCAGCAAAUCAUAAUGUUAAAGAUACAACUAAAGAAAACAGUUGUGAGGCUAAUCAAGUAAUAAAUGAAAGUAAUUCCAUGUCUUUAAGUUGCAUAAAAGAAAAUAUAAAUUAUAGUACAGGCAACGAUUAUGAUGCAACUUGCAUAGGUUGCACAAAGGUGAAAACUGAUGUACUUAUUUCAGUGUUAGAUUCAAAUGUGAAGCACUUUUUAAAUGAUCUCUACCAACAAGAAAACCUUACUUUAUCUGAUUAUAAAAGAAACCUGGAAGUAAAGUGGACAGCUCCUAUCGAGAGAUGCAAGCAAAGCAUUAUUACAGGAAACUUCCUUAUGGACCCAUUAAACCUAACUUUGAUAGCAAGUAAAAAGUACAGUAUUCCUCAGUUAUCAGCCUCUGCAGUGACAGAUAGUGAGGGAGAAUCUUCAAAAUCUUACUUGGAUAAACAGAGAAUUCUUACUAUAGAUUCUUUUGCAGCAUCCACUACUAUACCAUGCCGUGAGCAGAGCUGUAGAGGAAAAGAGCUUCUUAAGACGGAACAGUGCUCUUCAGGUAAUUGCCUCCAUACAGAUGGGAAUGAAACAAAUGUCACUGAGAAUUAUGAGUUGGAUAUAGCAUCAGUAACUGAAGAAAGUAGAAGUUAUGGGGAAAAUAUAGUGAAAUUAUCUUCCAGUGAUAGUUCUCUGCUUUUAAAAGAUAAUGUAAAAGGCUCCUCUUCAGAAACAUGUAUUGCGAAGAAAGACACUGAGGACAGAAUAAUGUGGAAAGUUAAACAAGUGGAAAAAGCAAAAGAUUCUGUUUACAAAAGUAGCAUGACUGAAGGAUCAGCUGUUAAUACUGAGUACAAAAAUCAAAAUAAUCAGAUCUCAGAAGAAUGCUGCUUAAAUGAGAAAAUUAUUAAAACUAAUUUGAUUGAUUCCCAUCUAAGCACUAAAAAUAAUACUACUGAGUCAGUCUCUUUGAAGAACACAGUUUCUAAUCCGCUUAACAAAAGAGAGAAGGCGGAAAUUAAAGUUACUAAUGACUCGCAGUCUGACUUGACAUUACAUUCAGAAAUAGCCUAUAUUUCCAAACCAGGGAUUCUAGGAGUUAAUCAUACACCUAUUUUACCUGCCCACUCUGAAACCUGUAAAGUCACUACUCUUCUGAAGAAACCUGCAUCAUACAUGAGGGAACUUAAAGAAAAACAUUGCUCAGCUAAUCAUACGGCCUUUAUAGCUAAUCUGUCUCAAAUUUUGCAGAGGGCAGAUGAAGCAUCAUCUUUGCAGAUUCUACAGGAAGAAACUAAGGUUUGUCUAAAUAUUCUCCCUUUAUUUGUGGAAGCUUUUGAAAGAAAGCAAGAAUGUUCAGUUGAACAAAUCCUGAUUUCAAGAGAACUGUUGGUAGACCAAAACCUAUGGAAUAAUUGCAAACACACAUUAAAACCAUCUGCUGUUGACACUUUGGUAGAACUUCAAAUGAUGAUGGAAACAAUUCAAUUCAUUGAAAACAAAAAAAGGCGCUUAGAAGGUGAACCAACAUUCCGAAGCUUGCUUUGGUAUGAUGAAACACUGUACGCUGAGCUUCUUGGAAAACCACGUGGAUUUCAACAGCAGUCUAAUUUCUAUCCUGGUUUCCAAGGAAGAUUAAAAUAUAAUGCAUUCUGUGAGUUACAGACUUACCAUGAUCAAUUAGUUGAAUUACUUGAAGAAACAAAAAGGGAAAAGAAUUCAUACUAUGUAUUCUUAAAGUACAAACGACAGGUUAAUGAAUGUGAAGCCAUAAUGGAGCAUUGUUCUGAUUGCUUUGACUUUUCUCUUUCUGUUCCAUUUACUUGUGGAGUUAACUUUGGAGAUAAUUUAGAAGACCUGGAAAUCUUAAGAAAAAGUACUUUAAAGUUGAUCAGUGCAUGUGAGGACUCUCCUAAAGUUCAUUCGUAUCCAGGAAAACAGGACCAUCUGUGGAUUAUAAUAGAAAUGAUCUCCUCAAAGGUUAAUUUUAUUAAGAACAACGAGGCGGUAUGUAUUAAAAUAUCUCUUUAUGGUCUGGAACAUAUCUUUUUUGAUGCUGCAAAAAAUCUUGUUUGGAAAGAGAAAACACAAUCCUUCAGCAAAAAAUACUCACAAAAGGAGGACAAAGAAAGGCUACUCGGAGUGAAUAAAUGUGCUUUUUCUAAGUUGCAGAAGAUAUAUGAUACUUUGUCUAAGGAUUUAAACAAUGAGCCAAUUUCCCCUGUUGGGCUUGAGGAGGAUACUAUAAUUGCCUCCAGAAAAUCAGAUCAUCCAAUAAACAAAGCAACCAUUGGCAUAGAAAAUUCUAAGUUUAGCAGUAGUUUGCUUACACACCCAGAUAUUUAUUGUAUUAGUGAGAUAUUGGAUCAAGCUGAAUUUGCAGACCUUAAAAAAUUACAAGAUCUCACCUUGAGAUGUACAGAUCACUUAGAAAUUUUAAAAAAAUACUUUCAAAUGCUACAAGAUGAUAACAUGGAUAAUAUUUUUAUCACAGAAGAAAAUGUUUUAGACGUGGUGAAAAACCACAGCCAUGAGGCUAUACUUUUAAAGCCUGAAGCUAUUGAAAUGUAUAUUGAAAUCGUCAUGGUCUCAGAAACAAUUCACUUUCUUAAAAACUCAAUAGCAAAGAAGCUAGACAAACAGAGGUUUCGAGGUAUGCUUUGGUUUGAUUUGUCACUUCUUCCUGAGCUGGUUCAGUGCCAAGAAAAAAUGACUUCUUUUUCAUUUCUUAAAGAUAACUCAACAGAUGUUUGCCUUUGGAAAGUGAUAGAGAGUGCUAUUUCCGAACUUAAGAAAGAUCUGGAUAUUAUCUACAAAUAUGAUGAAGCUGUUAAUCGCUCAUAUGCUAUUCAUUUGCUCUCAAGAGAACUUCAAGAACUUUCAGAAAUAAAAAAGCUUCUGAAGAACUCCAAGUAUUUUAUUUCCACAUAUAUUGACUUUGUGCCAUAUAUAACAUCCAUAAAUUACGGAAGCACCAUGAUGGAGUUAGAAUACAACUACAAUCAAUUUUCUACACUGCUGAAGAAUGUAAUGUCUGCCCCUAGGAAAGAUUUAGGAAAAAUGGCCCAUAUUAUGAAAGUCAUGAAAACGAUUGAACAUAUGAAGAUUAUAUGUGCUAAAAAUGCUGAACUAACUAUUUCCUUUUUUCUAUGCCAAAUGCUGUAUAAUGGAAGGAAGAUUUUACAGCUGAAGACAAAAGAAAAAAUGAAUAUUCAUGUUGUAAAACCUGGAGGAAAUAACAAUAAAUUUGGUAUUUCUAUGAUGGUGCCCCCAAUAUCAGAGUGCAUAAACAAAAACAUUUCAAAUUCCUCUAAAAAACGACCGAGCACUGUAGACAAAUGUGAAGACUCUCAGGAACAACAGAAAAAUACUACUAUUUCCAGUUGUAAAAAACUAAAGGUAGACAUGAAAGGUGUCACAAAAAUCAACAGAGAAAAUGCAACAUUCAAGCAUCCAAGGACUACAGGAUCUCAUCCCCAAAGCGAAAACAAAAUAGUGUCAAGUUCAUCUAACAAUCUGAAAAGAAAUCAUUUAACGUCAAAAAAGGUUGAAAUGCAAAGAUCACUACCUGGCUCACUUUUACCCUUAGAGAACCCAAAAGACACUUGCACAUCAAAGUUAGAAAGCAAAAUAGACUUAACUGUUUCAUCUGAUGCGCCAGACCACUUCACUGGAAAACAGGAAAAUUUAAAUAGCAUGAGGAAAAGAAAUAUGAACUUUAGUGCUGUGGAAACAAAAAGUGAUGAGAAAGAUUGUGCUGCUUUUGCAAUUUGUGACCAAAAAAGUACACAUGGCACAUUUUCCCCAGGCCAUGAGAUACUUUUGCAGAAAUGUCUUAAAAAUUCCCCAGAUCCCUCCCAAAACUCCUGCCUUUCUGAUAUAAACCCAGAAACUGAUGUUUCUCUUGUGCCUGAUGCAUCGGUGCUCUCAAAGCCAAUUUUCUGUCUUGUGAAAGAUAUCCAUACUGAUCUAGAAAUGAAUGACACAGUCUUCGAACUUCAAGAUAAUGAUACAGUAAAUUCAUCUAUUAAAAAUUCCUCAUGCGUGACUUCUCCAGAACCCAUUUGUAUCCAGAACAAAAUUCCUGCUCUGCAGAUCAACAAACUACAGCCUGCAGAAACUGAGUCAGAGGACAAAUACAUGAAGAAUACAUUGAAUCCCAAUACUGUGCAUACUUUUGGAGCAUCUGGACAUAUAACCCUUAAUGUGAAUCAAGGAGCAGAGUACUCUCUUUCUGAACAACAGAAUGACAAAACUUCAAAAGUCUUAAUGCAGAAUGCUGCCACAUAUUGGAAUGAACUUCCACAGUCUGCAUGUACCCCAACAUAUAAUUCUUCUGAGCAUUUAUUUGGAACUUCAUAUCCAUACUCUGCUUGGUGUGUUUAUCAUUAUAGCAGCAGCAAUGGCAAUGGCAUUACCCAGACAUACCAAGGGAUAACAUCAUAUGAACUACAGUCACCUCCUUCUGGGCUGUUGACCACAGUGGCAAGUGGUCAGGGUGCACAGUGUGCCCAGGGCGCACAUUCUAAUCUUCUGUACUCUCAAUAUUUUACUUAUUUUGCUGGGGAGCCACAAGCAAAUGGCUUUGUGCCAGUGAAUGGGUAUUUUCAAUCUCAAAUACCUGCUUAUAAUUUUCAGCAGCCAGUUUUUUCACAAUAUGCUUCUCAUCAGCCAUUACCACAAACUACAUACCCUUACCUUCCUAAUCGAGAUGUGCCUCCAGAAGUUCCUUGGGUUUAUGCUCCAUGGCACCAAGAAUCCUUUCAUCCACAACACUGAAAAUAGUCUUCUGUCUAUUGAAAUAAAGAAGACAUAACAAGUUUUUCCAAAUUUUUUUUACUUAUAUAUUUUUUAACAUUUAACGAUUUUUAAUGUGUGUAAAUGUGGUAGGAAAUAUAAAUCAUAUGGUCCUUUGUAAAAUAUACAAAUAAUCUUAACACCUAUCACACAGGACAUCAAUUUCUAACUUCUGAUAUACCAGAAUUAUUUCCAUGCAAUUUAUAAGGGGAGGGUAAUAUGAUCAAGGUUAAGCAAUAGUGGUAAAAUCUUUAAAACUAGAUUCUUGCUUCUGAUAUGUUUCAAUACAUUGUUGAUGGCAUUAUGCCAUUUGAGCAGAAAGCAGGAUUUUUUUUCAUUAGUCAUCAAACCAAGAAUUUUAUAAUGCUUGACACUUUAUUAUAUAAUUUACAAUUCUAUGCCAGAUAUGGCAAAUUCCUUCAAUUUCAAUAUUUUAUAGUUUCUACUUGUAAAAUAUUUUUAAUAAGAAAAAUUGGUUUGCAUACUCUCAGUGUUUCCUUGAGGAGAGAUUUUUAAAAUUUUUAUGUUGGAAGCAAUUAUAGUUAAUUAUAUUUCGAUGCUGUUUUCUACAAGAGCCAUUUCCAGAAGAUUAUUUUGUUUUGGGAUUUCACAAUUUAAAUAGUUUUUUAAUGACUUUUUAGCAAAUAAUAGAGAAUAAUGUUUAUGCUUAUGCAGUUAGUCUUUUUUACAGUAAUUUAAGCAAUGUGGCACAAAUAGUUUUUUCGUACUCUUGUCAUAGAUUUUUCUUUUUAACCUUCUGCAAAAGUAAAAACUCUCUUAGUAAUAAUCAUCAUAGGGCAACAGGAUAUAGUAUGUAACUGCAGUCUUGAGCGGUCUCUUUUCAUGUAUUACCUUUCCUGCUCAACAGCUGUUCCUGUUUUCUGUAAGAUCCUAGUCAGAUAAAGUCCUCACAACUGGAUAGACCUUUCUCGAGGGUUAGCCCUAAAAUGUGACAAGAGAAUUGGUUUGGCCAAAUCUCAACAAAUAACUAGCAAAGCUUCAGUGUUUUUGCAAACUUUUUAUGUAAGCAAACUUUUUGUGUUAUCUGGCACAGGCCUUUGAAAAGACUAUAAUUCUACUUUGUUUAGUGUAGAAUAACUAAUUUUUCAAUUCAGAAAGACAGACUCUGCAGGAUAAGCCUCUUUAUACUCACUUAAACCAACUAGGAUGGAAUUCAGAAUAUCUAAGCUGCUUAACAUACAGACCUUUUAAAAGGGAAGGUCAAGCAAAGAACUGUAACUGAAAGAAAUAAGAGAUUUGAGAAGACGAUAGAGUUAAAACAAUAUUUUUAAAACAUUUAUAUUUUGUCCAUGCAGUUUUAUUUGUAAAUAGUCUGUGAAAAUCAGAACUCCUGAACAACUUUGAAAGCAGUAAUAUUAACUGGUAUUCAAAAAUAAAUAACAGCCAAAAAUGAAUAACAGCCAUUUGAUUUAUGUUUCCCUCAGUCAUUUGGUUUAUGUUUGGUUAUGGUAAAAUGUUAUGGCAUUUGUUGUUAAUACUACUACUAAUAUGUAAACCAAAAGUUAAAUAUUCUAGUUAAGGACUCUUCCUUUAAACAACUUCCAGAUUCCGUUGACAUUGUCUUUGUGAUAUUUUUAUUUCUUGGGUUUUAAUUUUUCUUAAAGACUUACCUAAAUAUUCAGUUACAUUUUUUAAAAAAUCUGUACUUGACAGAAUAUUUUAAAAUUGAAUAUUUUUCCCUCAAGUGUGUGUUUUGAUUCGAAAUGUUAGAACAAAUUAAAAUUGAGCAAAUUUUAUAAGCAAAACCUGUUUGUAAAUAUUGUUAAAGAAGAAUUAUUUGAAUAAACUGGAUUCCUUCUAA